AUGAUUGCAAAGUGCAAAGAAAUCUGCCAGGACGAGAAGACGUGGCUGUUGAACAAGUGUGGUCUGCUUGGGAUGGACAUGGACGAUGAUGUGAUGGACCACAGAAGUUUGCGUCCCUCAGCCAUGGUGCUUGUGAGGCAUUUGGUGGAGAAGGAGAAGGAGGACGCGAAGAAGGCGGAGAACGCUGGACAUGAUCAUGGAAUACAUGGGCAUAAGCUGCCGGAGUUGGAGCUGUAUAAAGCCAGGCAGGUCAUGACAAGGGCCGAGUUUAUCGAAGAGUUUGACCACAUCAACAUCUUCACCAUCGACUGCGACAGCAAGGUUAGGGCCGAUAGCGUACCCAUGAUGAAUGCGUUUAGAGAGGUGGUGGCCGAAGAGGGAUUUGAUGAGUACUUGGAAGAUACGCUGCAGAGAAUCAGUGAUAUCGAGAGUUUGGGCAGAACGAGGGAGAUCACAAUAAAGGAUCUUUGGCAUGGCGGGAAGUACAAUAUGACGGUUAAGAACCAUAAGGGCCAAACUGAAAAGACCAUUUCCUGGGACGUGACACCCGGUGACAGAGACGCGGAAAAUCGGAUGAUUAGUUCUCUGGUUAACUUGAUUUCUAUCUCGCCGACAAGCUCGCGGCGGUUGUAA